CUUGUGGUCUUAAUGGGCGUCUUAUGUUUAUAAUCUUAUGUUUUAUGUCCUCCCCCCCCCCGACCCUAAAUCCCCCCCCAUUAAACCUAUAGGAGUUUGCUGCCCCUCUUUGUCACAGCCGGAAUGGGGCCAGCAGGGGCCACCCCCCCUUUAUUCAGAUCCCGCUGUGGGUCCAGCCCCAUACGUGGAGAUCCUGGAGCAGCCGAAGCAGCGCGGGAUGAGGUUCAGGUAUAAAUGUGAGGGGAGAUCGGCCGGGAGCAUCCCCGGGGAGCACAGCACCGACAGCGCGAGGACACACCCCACCAUACGGGUGAACCAUUACCGUGGGCCGGGUCGGGUCCGUGUCUCCCUGGUGACUAAGGACCCCCCCCAUCGCCCCCACCCCCACGAGCUGGUGGGUCGGCACUGCCAACAUGGCUACUACGAGGCCGAGCUCAGCCCCGAGCGCUCCGUGCACAGCUUCCAGAACCUGGGCAUUCAAUGCGUAAAGAAACGGGAGCUGGAAGCGGCUGUAGCCGAAAGGAUCCGAACCAACAACAACCCAUUCAAUGUGCCGAUGGAGGAGCGCGGUGCCGAGUACGACCUGAGCUCGGUGCGACUCUGCUUCCAGGUGUGGCUCAAUGGCCCCGGGGGGCUCCAGAUGCUGCCCCCCGUCCUGUCACAGCCCAUCUAUGACAACCGUGCCCCCAGCACAGCAGAGCUGCGUAUCUGCCGCGUGAACCGUAACUCCGGGAGCUGCCAGGGGGGGGACGAGAUCUUCCUGCUCUGCGACAAGGUCCAGAAAGAGGACAUUGAGGUCCGUUUCUGGUCCGAUGGUUGGGAAGCCAAGGGCAGUUUUGCCGCAGCCGACGUUCACCGUCAGGUCGCCAUCGUUUUCCGGACCCCCCCCUUCAGGGAACGUUCCCUCCUCCAUCCCGUCACCGUCCGCAUGGAGCUGCAACGACCCUCGGACCGACAGCGCAGCCCCCCCCUCGACUUCCGCUACCUGCCCCACCAGGGUAAGGAGAAAAGGGGGGGACACCCCUACAUCGCCCCAUUGGGGUCCUGUUGGGAGCACGACGUGACCAUGGGGUCCCCAACCCAACCAUGGGGUCCUAAAUCCAACUAUGGGGUCCUAAACCCAACCAUGGGGUCCUAAACCCAACCAUGAGGUCCUAUACCGAACUAUGGGGUCCCCAACCCAACUAUGGGGUCCUAAACCCAACUAUGGGGUCCUAAACCCAACUAUGGGGUCCCCAACCCAACCAUGGGGUCCUAUACCCAACUAUGGGGUCCUAUACCCAACUAU